AUGUCUCCACUAGAGCCCAGCAAACCUACUACAGAGGGCACUGGAUAUGGCAACAUAGCUAAAACACAAGAAAAUGAGCAUAAAACUAUCUGCAAGAAGAUGAUAGAGAUCAUAGAAGAGAAAGGUGUUGUGGCUGGACCAACACCGGCCUCACUAUACAACAUUUUCCAUUUUCAGAGUCUGUUGACUGUAAUCUUGCUGCUUAUCUGUACGUGUGCUUAUAUUCAAUCCCUGGCACCCAGCAUCCUAGACAGAAAUAAAACUGGACUCUUGGGAAUAUUUUAGAAGUAUGCUUGAACUGGUGAAUACAAGAGUCCUUAUGUUGCCAUAUGCUGUAUAGUGAUGGCCUUCAACAUCCUCUUCAUACAGUAG